GGACAAAACGCCAUGGCCUCGCCGGCAUAUUGAGUGGCGGCGGCGGCGGCAGCUAUUGUCUUCUCCCAACUCGGUCGCCCCAUCUCACUCUCCAACCUACUGCUGACCACAUCGAGAGAACAAGCAUGGGCUGCCUCUUUGGUCUCAAUCCCAUCGCCGGCGGAGAUGAAGACGAUGAUCAUAUUCAUCACCAAGCCACGGUCGUCCUUGUCCCUUUUGCGUUCCAUACUCAACUCAUCUUGCCGAACAAACUUUCUUUUGACGCCAUCGCGUUUGAUCCAUUGUAGCAACGGGAACACCGCCGCGCCAUCGUCGUCCUGGAGCGCGCUCCGGAGCACCGCCGCUUCGGCAUCGUCGACGUCCGGCCAUCCUCAUCCAUCCCGGAGCAAGCCACCGCGCCAUCAACUCCUCCUUGAGGUCCUCUUCAAAACCCCUCAAGAACCGAGAAGAAUGGAGCAUCGAGGAGGGAGAUUGACAUCGUCUUCUCCAACUUCGGCCGCCGGCGUCAAUCUUCGAUUCCCUCCGCUCCGGUGACCUCCUCGUCGAUUCUUUGCGCAUGCACCAUCCCUGGGACCUAACCAACCUCAUGGAUGCACAUGCAUGGCUUCACAUCGAAUUGAAUGAGUUGGCGUCGUCUCGCCGGAGCUCAGAGCCGCCGCUGAGACGUUUUAUUCAUCGCUGCCAUCAACCAAGCCUCAUGGCCUUUGCUCGGCCUCGCCCUGUCCCACACCGUCGUCGCCAACUCGUUCCGCCGCAUCCCCGACAGGUCGACGCCCUCGUCAGCAACGAUGACGACCACCUCGCCGCGCUCGACCAUCUCCGCCGGCAGCACAAAACGAAGGAGAGAAAGAAAGAGAAGAGAUGGACCUGCCAUUGGCCCCAAGGGCAUUUCCGUCUAAUCACCACAAAGAAGAGGCAAAAUGAUUUCGGAAUUAAGAGAAAAUGAGAAAAUGGCAAUCCAGCGAGUUGCGCCGCCUUGAUAUUGGUGUAUUCUAGCGAAACCGUGUUUUGAAGAUGGCUAAAUGUCCAUUUUCUCGUGGGCCACCGGGCUGUGCGAACUCGCUACGUGGAAUACUUGGGCCCUUCCCUUCCUUUCCCCAAUCCGCCUCAUCCGAUAAUACCCCCCACCCCUCUCUCGUUUCGGCGGCGGCGGCGCGCGGCCGGAGCCCGAGCUGAGACCACCACCACGGCACCACCACGAACACGACGAUGAUGGCCGCGGCAGCGAGAAUGGCGUUCGCCUCAUGCGGCCGCCUCCUCGCCCCCUCCUCGUCGUCAUCCCUCCCCGCCCUGCCAAGAACCCGGGGCAGCGUCGCCGCCAGCGGCAAGCAUCCCGUCUCGUUCUUGGCGGCGGCGAGAUCCGCCUCCGUCCUCUGCUACUGCUCCGACGCCACCGUCGCGCCGGCCCCGCAGGCGGCGGCCGCGGAGGGGGAAGGGGAGGAGGGGGAGAAGAAGGCGGAGGUUCCCCCCGUGGAGGAGGUGGCGGCGCUGCUGGACAUCCGGGUGGGGCGGGUGGUGAAGGCGUGGCGGCACCCGGAGGCGGACACGCUGUACGUGGAGGAGGUCGACGUCGGCGAGGAGCAGCCGCGCACCAUCUGCAGCGGCCUCGUCAACUACCUCCCCAUCGACCAGCUCCAGGACAGCAAUGUGAUUGUUCUUGCGAACCUCAAACCGAGGAACAUGCGGGGGAUAAAGUCAAACGGCAUGCUUAUGGCUGCAUCUGAUGCUUCUCAUGAAAAUGUCGAAUUGCUUACCCCUCCUGAAGGAUCUGUUCCAGGUGAAAGGGUAUGGUUUGGUACUGAAGAUGGAAAGGAUCGCCAAUCAGAAGCUGCUUCACCAAAUCAGGUUCAAAAAAAGAAGAUUUGGGAAUCAGUUCAGCCUCAUCUUAGGACAUCAGAAAACUGCACAGCAUUUCUUGGCGAGCACCCGAUGCGUACCUCAGCGGGUGUGGUUUUCUGCAAAACUUUGCAGGGUGCAAGAGUGUCAUAAGUCUCUUUCAAGAAGCUUUUUUUUUUUCUUCUUUGGUAUCCAUAUUGUGUACCUUACUGAAAAUAAUCAUAUGGUAUGAGUAAAAAUCUUAGAGCAAGAUGGUUUCUGAGGCUUUAUGGAGGUCGUUCACAAUUUUGUAGCUUUCUGAUGUCAAAGCUGGAACAUUUUACUUCAAUUGGAGAUUGAUUUAUAAUUUGAUCAUGAGAAUUCGAAAUGUGAUUAACUUUGUAAGGAAGUUAUGUGGUACUUUGAUAAGGUGAUUUCUGCUCUUAA